AUGAUCAAAGCUCACUCGCCUGAGUUGAAAAUAUUUAUGGGCAAGAAAUUAUCAUUGAAAUUAAAUGGUGGUAGACAUGUCCAAGGAAUAUUGAGGGGGUUUGAUCCAUUUAUGAAUCUUGUGAUAGGUGAAUGUGUGGAGAUGGCAGCUGGUGGGCCACAGAACAAUACUGGAAUGGUGGUAAUAUGA